UACAGUUUCAAAUUUUCGAACCAAAGAACUGCUGCUUCUCAUCUUUGCAAGAUUCUCAUGUUACUCAUUACCAUUGCAAGAAGGCUACAGAGGUCUUAUCCCAUACAUGUUCUUCCACUUUUCCAAUCCAUAGCUUCCCCUUCUUCUCCCUCUCGUCUACCUUUGAAAUCGUUUUUCUUAGCGGCAUUUCAUCGAACAGUUUCAAUACCCGAUUCAAACUCUCUCCGUUUCUCUACUUCACAAUAUUUUCCCACCCAGAAUUUCAAAGAGCCAUUUGAUCUUAUUCAGCAAAGAAUUCAUGUCAAUGAAGCUCUCGAACCUUCCCUUCUCGAUUCACUCAAACGGGCUGCCCAUUCUCCUACAGAAGCAGAGGCUGUGGCAUUCGUUGAUGAAUCAGGCAUUACAGCGAAUCAAAAUUUGGUUUAUUCGUUGAUUUGGAACCUAAGAGAAGAGUGGAGACAGGCGUAUUUGGCUUACAAAUGGGGACAAAAAUGGGGAUGUGUUGAUGAAAAAUGUUGUGAGUUGAUGGUAUGGGUUUUGGGUAGUCAUAAAAAAUUCAAUAUUGCGUGGAUUUUGAUUCGAGAUUUGUAUCGGUCUUUGAUGAACCCUAGGCAGGCUAUGCUUGUUAUGAUUGAUAGAUAUGCGGCAGCAAAUUGCCCAGGCAAAGCUAUUGAGGCAUUCGAUGUUAUGGAAAAGUUCAGAUUGGCUCCUGAUGAAGAAGCAUUCUACACUCUCUUGAAUGCUCUUUGUAAACAUGGAAACAUUGAAGAGGCUGAAGAGUUUAUGCUCAUUAAUAAGAAGCUCUUUCCGUUGGGGACUGAGGGAUUUAACAUUAUUCUUAAUGGAUGGUGUAAUAUAUGUGUUGAUGUGCUUGAAGCAAAGAGAGUUUGGAGGGAAAUGUCAAAAUGUUGUAUUACACCAGAUUCAACUUCUUAUACACACAUGAUAACCUGCUUCUCAAAGGUUGGGAAUCUUUUUGACUCACUGAGACUUUAUGAUGAAAUGAAGAAAAGAGGGUUUGUCCCUGGCAUUGUGGUAUAUAAUUGUUUGAUUUAUGUACUGACUCAUGAGAACUGCUUUGAAGCAGCUCUUAAGGUCGUAGAGAAAAUGAAAGAACAUGGAUUGCAGCCUGAUUCUACUACUUUCAACUCAAUUAUACAUUCCCUAUGCGAGAGACAAAGGUUAGCAGAGGCAAGAAACAUAUUGGCUAUGAUGGUAGAGGAGAAUAUCUGCCCUACUAUGGAGACCUACCAUGCAGUCCUUCAAGGUACUGGUUUUGAAGAAACUUUGGAAAUCCUUGACCAAAUGAUAAUAUCUGGUUUAGCUCCCACCAAGGAUACCUUUCUCUUAAUUCUUGUUAAGUUCUUCAAGCUAGAGCAACCUGAUAAUGCAUUGAAAAUUUGGGUAGAAAUGAAGCAAUAUGAAGUGACACCUAAUGCGACACAUUACAGAGUUUUGGUGGAAGGGUUAGCUAGGUAUGGACUGUUAACCAAGGCCCAGGAAUAUUAUGCUGACAUGAAGUCAAAUGGGUUUUCAGAUGAUCCAAAGCUUCAGAAGAUCUUGAAACCAACAAAAGCUCAGAAAUGCAAAGGAAAAAAGUGGGUGAGACAAGUUAGGAGAGAUCAAGAUCAGGUAUACGCAGGUUUUGAAAGAAUAACUAAAGACUGGAAGAUUAAACUGCAGAGAUAUUUACAGCAUCAGCUGGCUUAUUCCCAACCAUCUGCUUGCUGACCUAUUAUUGAAUAUUUCUGAUCUAAGAUGCAAGACAGCAUUUGGACUUCGAGGUAAUGCGGCUUUCUUGCAAGGAAUGCGGUGGAAGCAAGCGAGCCGCAGCAUUGAUCGUGAAAUUGCAGUACUAAAAAAAAGAGGGAGAGAAAAAAAAAAGAUGAUUCAUUAAUUUGAGGCUAUGAGGGUUGGAAAGAAUUUCUGCAGCAAUAAGAUAUACAGAAAUCUAUGGAAUUGCCAGGGAUUAGAAAGGGAAGAGGGAAAAAACAGAGCAUUCAUUCAAUAACUUGCAGCAUAGAGAAACAGUAUAUCUUAACAUGGCAUUAGCGUGUUCUUUUUUCCUUGCAUUCCUUUCCCCAGAAUCCAUUUCAUUCCCUUUAUGAUUCUUGUGCAAACAUAUGGAGUAAAACUAUUCCAUUCAAUAGUAAUAGCUACCCUGCAUAACAUUUUCUGCAGAAGUCAUCUGAAUUAUUAUCCUUGCUUUUAUAUAUUGCAUACGAAUAGCAUAAGCAUACUGAAUCGCUAUCAAUGAAAAGUUUUCCUCA